GAGAUGCUCGAACCGUGAGGGCACGGACUGGGAAUUUGAGUGCGAGUUCAAGCUAAAGAGGUGGCAGUGGACUGCACAUAUGUCCCGGACUGGAUGUGUUAGUGCUUUGCGGCCGUGUGGUGUAGGUGUGACUCUACGUGAGAAAGCAAAGUACUGAAAGAGGCCGCUUACCUUACAGCUGGGAGCAGGGCCCAGCACCAGGGGCGGGGCCUGAUCCUGAGCAGGCGGGGCAUGUGCGAAGGGGUCGUAGAUGUCUUCGGGGACUUGUGAAUGGGACUUAAAAGCGCCAUGACAUUCGUCUCCAUUGUGAAUAACUCCAGUCUUUCCAUUCUGUGUUUCUGAGGAUUGAUGUUGGGACGAAUCCCUCUGGAAUACGGGUUGGAAUCUGUAUGACACCUGUUUUAAAAGUUCUAAAGUUCUACCUCUAGAUAGAAUGCCCAUGUGUUCUUGAAACUCUGCCAUCUCAGAAUAAUCUCCCAGAAGAAGACAGAAUGCUAAAAGCUAAAGCUCACGAGUCAGUGGCAUUCAAAGAUGUGGCCAUAGACUUCUCUCAAGAGGAAUGGGACUGCCUGGAUGCUACUCAGAGGGAACUGUACAGAGACGUGAUGCUGGAGAACUACAGCAACCUUCUCUCAGUCAGAUUUUCCAUUGUUAAGCCAGAUGUGAUCUCCUUAUUGGAGCAAGAGAAGCAACUAUGGCUGAUAACUAGGGACACAACACGAAGACCUUGCCCAGAUUUACAGUGCAUGUGUGAUACCAAGGAGUUAUUUCCCAAAAAGAGCAUUUUUGAAAAAGAAUCAUUUCAUUGGUGUGUAAUAGAAAGAUUAAAAAGACAUGAGUUUGGUGGAUCCUGUUUCAGAAGCCUAUCUGAAAGACAUCAGAGAACUGAAGAAGAAUAUUGCAGGCAAAGGAAAAUCACCUGUGAAAAAAUGCCUAGUUUUAACCUGCACCCACCAGCAACAUAUAUUCAUAAGGUUUUUCAUAAGAUUUCUCAAGAUUCUCCUCAGAGAAUUCAUACUAACAGGAGACCUUAUGAAUGUAAGGAACAUAGGAAGGCUUUUAGUUGUGGAUCACGACAUCAGAGACUUCAUACUGGUGAGAAACCCUAUGAAUGUACAGAGUGUGGUAAGGCUUUUGGUCAUCGUUCACAACUUAAUAGGCAUCAAAAAAUUCAUACUGGGGAGAAACCCUACGAAUGUAGAGACUGUGGGAAGGCCUUUAUUCAGCUGUCACACCUUAUUCGACAUCUAAGAAUACAUACUGGUGAGAAGCCUUAUGAAUGUAAGGAUUGUGAGAAGGCCUUUAGUUGUGGCUCAGAACUUACUCAGCAUCAAAGAAUCCAUACUGGUGAAAAACCCUAUAAGUGUAAAGACUGUGGAAAAACCUUUAGUCAUGGUUCACACCUUGUUCAACAUCAGAGAAUUCAUACUGGAGAAAAGCCUUACGAAUGUAAGGAAUGUGGAAAGACUUUUAGACAUGCCUCACAAUUUGCUCGACAUCAGAAAAUUCAUUCUGGUGAGAGACCUUAUAAAUGUAAGGAAUGUGGGAAGGCUUUCAUUCAGCUAUCACACCUUAUUCGACAUCUAAGAAUUCAUACUGGUGAGAAGCCUUAUGAAUGUAAGGAUUGUGAGAAGGCCUUUAGUUGUGGCUCAGAACUGACUAAGCAUCAGAGAAUUCAUAGUGGAGAAAAACCAUAUAAAUGUAAAGAAUGUGGGGAGGCCUUUAUUCAACAUUCACAUCUUACUCGACAUCAGAGAACUCAUGCUAAGGGGAAACGCUAUGUAUGUAAGGAAUGUGGGAAGGCCUUUGUCUGGAGUGCCAGACUCACUCAACAUCAGAGAAGUCAUAUUGGAGGGAAAAAAUGAAUGUAAGCAAGGUACAAAAGUCUUUCUUGAUGGCUCACAACUUUACAGUAGGUAAUUCAUAACUUAAUAAUUAUAAACAGACUCUAAGUCUUACGAUGCUUUGGCUUAUGAUAUUUCAACUUUAUUAAGUUGUGAAGGUAACACACAUUCAGCAGGCUCCUUGACUUACAAUGGAUUUAUUAGGACAUCAUCCUAAGUUGAAGGAGUAUCUUAGCAAAGUUUUUAUUCAGUGUUCACACCUUAUUCAACAUCAGAAAAUACAAGCUUAUGUAAAAUAUUGUGAAUGUAAGAAAUGUGGGAAGAUCAUUAGUCUUAGCUCAAAACUUAAACGUAAUAGAAUUCAUUCUGAAGGGGAAAAAUGCUGAUGAAGGUCAACAGUAUGAGACCGUGGCCCAGCGAGGUGGCUCAUGUGUGCAAUCCUGCUUGAACUCAGGAGUUUUAAGACCAGUCUGAGCAAGAGCAAGACCCCAUCUUUAUUAAAAAUAGAAAAACUAGCUGCGUGUAGUAGUGGGCACCUAUAGACCCAGCUACUUGGGAUCUGAGGCAAGAAGAUUGCUUAAACCCAAGAGUUUGAGGUUGCUGUGAACUGUGAUCCCAUAGCCCUCUGCCCAGGGCAACAGACUGAGACUAUGUCUAAAAACAAACAACAACAACAACAAAAAAGAACCAGUGUGGGACUUGACAGUGUUAUGUCUUAACUUAAAAAGUACACAGCAUCAGAGAUUGUAUACAAGUUAGAACAGACAAAUUGAGAAAAUAGGGGUCACUUUAUUUAGCACUCAACUGCUGGCUAGAAAUCUUCUCAUAAGCUGUGUGGGAAGAACAUUAUUUAUGGAUCAGACCUAUUCAAUAUCACAUAAUUCAUAAUGGUGAGAAACCAAUGAACAUGAAGGAAUAUAAAACAAAACUUUAGGAUUCACAAGUUACUUAGUAUCAGCAAAUUCAUAAAGUGGCAUGGGGAUGCUUUCAGUGUAAUGCAUACGUUAUAUAACAUUAAUGAAUUUACUAGAAGACAAUCCUGUACAUGUGAAUCUCAUUUGCUUCCUAUUUACUCCUUACUCAAGGUUAUAAUAUUUAUUGUGGUUAAGUAAUACUUGAAUGUAGAAAUUUUUCCAUCACAUCUUAAGGCUUGAUUAAACUUGAGAGAACUCUUACUAGAAACCUUCUUUUAACUUAUGUUACAUAUCUUGGUUGUACAACUCUCUUAUUACUGAAACAUUGAGUAGGUAAUUUACCUGCCCUCUUUCAUUUGUGAGCUUGAAUAUGAGCACAUAUUUUAACCCAUACAUUGAUACAAUUUUACAAUAAGUGUUGAAAAUAGUGGCCAUGUUUGGUGGUUCAUGCCUGUCAUCCCAACACUUUGAAGGGCCAAGAGGAUCUUUAGGCCAGAAGUUUGAGACCAACCUGAGCUACAUAGUAGGAUCUCAGUGCUACACAAAAUUCAAAAUUAGCCAAGCAUAGUGGUGCAUGCCUAUAGUCUUAGCUAUUCAGGAGGCUGAGGGAAGAGGAUUGCUUGAGCCCUGGUCUUUGAGGUUGUAGUGAACUAUAAUCAUGCCACUGUACCCUAGUCUGGUUGACAGAGAAGAAUUCUAUGUAAAAAAAAAAAAAAAACUUUGCAAAUAUUAUCCCUUGUAUUAAUAUGAGGCACUGAAAACUAAUGGAGAAUCCUUUAUGUUUAGUUAAUAUAGGAAAGACUUUUCUCUCUUAUUGCAUGUUUGAAAACUCUAGAAUGUAAUGAAUAUGAGUAGGCCUUUAUUCAGAUCCUUUUUUUGCUCUUUCAGAGGGAUUUGCAUUUUCUUCUACCAUGCCCUGAAGACAUUAACAAUGAGUUCAUUUUAAGUUAAAAUUCAUGACUUGUAAUUUUUCAGACCUUGGAAAUACUGUGUAUUCAGUUCCUAUAUCUGUAUGAGGGCCUACCUGUGACCACAAAUUCUUCAGGGAGGUAGCUUUCCUCCUCUUAGAACCAAAGUGGUAGCUUAGAUUGUUUCUGUCUUACUCUGCAGGAUGGAUUUUUUUUCUGCUACCCUCUUAGGUUAUCCUGCUAAGGAUAACCAUUUGAGCUUUUUAGUUUGUUUUCAUUAUCUACCAACUUGCCGUAGUGAUUGCCAGUAUUUUUCUCCUUCCCCCUAAAGAUACGUAGCUAUCUUGAUAAAAACUAGGAUACCAAGGAUUAGUAGACAACCCUUGGAGCUGCCAAUAGCUGUAGUACACUUUCAUGUCAUUCCCUCUUUCAAAAGAUUCUCCUUAAUUUUUACCAAUCUAUGAUAUGUUUUAAAGGGCACUCUUUCAGUAAAUGCUACAUCUGGAAGAAUUUUCUACAAGUUUUUUCAGUCUACAUAGUUGAUCAUAUUAUCAAAAAAGCAUGUCUGUAUUCUAUUUCUGUAGGGUUUUUAAAAUAGUGCUUGUCACUAUUUGAGGUAUAUGUGUAUGAAUUUGUCGUGUUUAUUCUGAUUAAGAAGGUAACUUCAAAGAUGACAAUACAUUCUCGGUCUUUUAAAUUGCUAUUUCUACAACUGUAGUAAAGUCCCUGACAUAUAGUACAAUUCUAAUUUAUCUAUAGAUAGAGGAAAUAAUGCAAAAAUUCAGGAUAAAUUAGUGAGGCAAAAGAGGCUUCUCUUCCAGAUACAUAUUCAUAGCUAACGUUUGUCACAGCACACUGACAGCAAUAAUUCUAGUCACCAGGACUGCUUAAGCAGUAGAGGGAAUAAUCACUUUGUAUCCCAAAAAACUUUAGCAGAUAAACAAUAAAACAAAUUAGAAAACAUUUCCCUUCAUCAAGGCAAGUGAGUUUGCUAAAAAUGAAAAAAUGAAAAGCAAGACAGAUCAAAGAUCCCUAGCUUCUAACAUCUAUUGAGGCAUAGUUUCCAAAGGCCAAAGAGUACAAGAAACCAACACUCAUUUAUUCCUCCAUUGGACUCUGUGGCUCAACUGAGUAGUCAGCUGGUCCAUGUCCCCUAUACCUAGCAUAUGGUCUGACAUUAAUAGGUGCUAAAUUUAACAAUUUAACAUGAAUGAAUAAAAUAAGAGCACUCCCAAUUUACUAUUUCAAGCAAGACCUCACACCCGAACAAUAUAAUUAACUUUUGGCAUUAGGGAAAUUGCCCCUUUCAGUUCUGCAGUAGUAGCAUAGUAAGAAGGUAAAUCUUUACAGAAUACAAUUCUCAGAGCUUGGUGACUGCGAAUCAGGUUCUGGAAGAUGGUAUUCCUAUUCUGAAUAAGUAUCUGAGGGAAAGGCUCUGCAAUGAAGAUGGAGAUGAGGCAAGAAGAAGAGUUAAUAUUUUUCCUUCCACGACAAUGGGAAAUUAAGGUAACAUGUUUAUAAAACAUUUAAGCAUUUUCAAAUAAUUAAAAAUGAACUUUGGACAUGAAUAAAAUGACUUUUAUUCAGUCAGUGAAAUGUAUUUUCACUGCUGGAAAGGAAAGAGUUUAUUUUCUUCUGGGAGACCUAGCCUGGUCAAAAGGCAGCAAUCAAAGGACAAGAGGACAGUGUGAUGAUAAUAGUGUAGUUCAGCAAUGUCAUCAUAACCAACAGGUGUCAGCCAUAGCAUGAUUACUGACGACUUAACCUUUUCUGAUAAGAAUCGUGGACUUCAGCAGCCUGGAUCCAUGUCUGCAAAGUACGCUUGCACAGCUGCGAGCAGGUUUUUGAAACAUGAAUCUUUUACUCAUCCUGGCUGCCUUUUGUGUGGGAAUAACUUCGGCUGCUUCAACAUUUGUGGCAGUGUAGAUGCACAUUGGUAUCAGUGGAAGGCAAAAUACAGAAGACUGUAUGGCAGGAAUGAAGGAUAGAGGAGAGCAGUGUGGGAAAAGAAUAUGAAAAUGAUUGAACUGCACAAUCAGGAAUACAGCCAAGGGAAAUACGGCUUCACAAAGGCAAUGAAUGCCUUUGGUGAAUGACCAAUGAAGAAUUCAGGCAGGUGAUGAAUGGCUUUUGAAACCAGAAGCACAAGAAGGGGAAAGUGUCUGGACUGGAGACAGAAAGGCUCUCUUUCUGGAUUCUCUUGUGAAGAAUCAGGGUCAGUGGUUCUUGUUGGGCUUUUAGUGUAGUGCCCUUGAAGGGAAACUGCAAACUUAUCUCACUGAGUGGCCAGAACCUGGUGGACUGCACUCAGCUUCAAGGCAAUGAAGACUGCAAUGGUGGUGUAACGGACUAUACCUUCCAGUAUCUUAAGGAGAAUGGAGACCUAGACUCUGAGGAAUCCCACCUAUACAAUGCAAUGGAUGAAUCCUGUAAGGUACAGGCCUAAGUAUUCUGUUGCUAAUGACACUGUCUUCGGGGACAUCCCUAAAGAGAAGGCCCUGAUGAGGGCCGUAGCAACUGUGGGGCCCAUCUCUGUUGCUAUUGAUGCAGGCCAUGAGUCUUUCCAGUUCUAUAAAGAAGGCAUUUAUUUUAAGCCAAACUGCAGUAGUGAAGAUGUGGAUCAUGGUGUUCUGGUGGUUGGCUACAGAUUUGAAAAAGCACAGUUAAGUGUUGGCUGGUGAAGAUUGGAACAUAAGUGGUUACAUAAAGGUGGCCGUUAACCAGAGAAACCACCAUGUAAUCACCACAGCAGCCAGCUAUCCCACUGUAUGAGCUGACAGACGGUGAUGAGGAAACACUUGACGUAUGCAGAGGAACUUUAUCUUAAAACUGGCCAGCCCCAACUGUAUGGAAUAUACCCUUGAAUCAUUAAAGAUCCGAUUGUGAAUGUGAAUUCCAUGACAGUUGUACACUGGUAAAACGUUACCUCUAUUUUAAUUACUGCUAUAAUCAGUUUGUAUUACUGAUUAAUUUACUAACCUAGGAUUUUUGUUUUUAGGAUGAUAGAAUUUUUUACCUGUUUAAAUAAAACAAUAUAAAAAAUAAA